AUGGAUACCCAACAACAACAAGAACAAGGUGAACAAUUCACAUGUAUCUCUUGCAGAGUAUUAUUCGAUACAGUCGAAGAUCAAAGAGUACAUUACAAGUCUGAAUUACAUAGAUUCAACUUAAAGAGAAAGGUAUUGGAUUUACCACCAGUAACCUAUGAAACCUUCCUUGCAAAGGUUGAAGCUGCCAAAAAGGAAGAAGAAAAGGCUGCCACUGCCGAACCAACCAAGUUUGAAUGUAGAUUCUGCAAUAAAUCAUUCUCAUCAGAGGGACCAUACAAACAACAUAUUGAUUCAAAGAAACACAAGGAUAUUGUAGCAUCAGGUGCCACUGAAAAGAAGGUUAGAGUAAAGAAACCAAUGACCGAUGAAGAAAAGGAAAAGAUUGCCAAUGAAACUCAAGAAGAAUAUGAAGCCAAGAUUGCAGAAAAGAUCAAGAAUACACCAAAACUCCCAAUUGAGCAUUGUUUAUUCUGUACAAAGGUUUGCAAGAGUCUUGAUAACAAUGUAAAGCAUAUGGCAAAGGUACAUAGUUUCUUUAUUCCAGAUAUCGAAUACUUGGUCGAUCUCGAAGGUUUAAUUAGAUUCUGCAGUGAUAAGAUCAAUGUUGGUAAUAUCUGUUUAUAUUGCAACGGUAGAGGACGUAAAAUACAUACUUUGGAAGCCGUUCAACAACACAUGGUCGACCUCAGUCAUUGCAAGAUGAAUUAUGAAACCGAAGAAGACAGUGAAGAAUAUUUGGAAUAUUAUGAUUUCUCUAAAUCUUAUGCUGAUCCUUCCAAUCCCGAUGAAGAAAUUAAUCAAGAUAACAUUAAGAAUAAGAUUAUUGUUUCUGAUCAUGAAUUGGUAUUACCAGACGGAACCACUAUUGGACAUCGUGACUAUGCUAAAUACUACAAACAAAGAUACACUACACCAGACAAGAGACAAGAAGCCAUCCACAGCGUCAUUCGUAGAUACAAGGCUCUUGGAUGGACCGACGAACCAAAGAAUAAUUUCUCUGAAAUGUACAAGCAGGAUAUGAACCGUAAGAGAAUUUUGGAUUUGAAGAUUGGUAUCAAAAAGAACAACCAAAGACAUUUUACCUUACAACUUCUCAUCCAAUAA